ACUGUAAUUGGUAUAAGAGUGGGGUACCAGCCACAUAAAGUCCAUCUCUCCAUUGAGACUUGUGUUUAUAGUGCGAACGCAGAGACCAGCAACAACUUCUGCAAAGAUGCAGUCCUUGACCUGGUGUUUGGUAUUGGCGGGAUGCCUCGCUUUUACUCAAGCUCAUACGUAUCAUAUGGGCGCUUGUCCCAUCGUGGAACCUAUGCAGAGUUUUCAGAUGAACAGAUUUCUAGGCUUGUGGUACGUCAUUCAGAAGACAUCGACUGGUAGCAAGUGCAUCACUUAUAAUUACACGCGAGGAGAAGAGCCAGGCGAGUACGUGAUAACGCAGGAUUCGGAUCAUCUGAUCUUAGGUCUUACGCCGUUGAAACAUGAAUAUCACUACACCGGCGAUCUGACUGUACCCGAACCUAGCACUCCAGGGCGUAUGCAAGUCCGUUUCCCUCUUAAUGUAGCUGGAAGCGCAUCUCACGUGGUGUUUAUGACGGAUUAUGACACGUACGCCGGGAUAUUCACGUGCCAGAAACUGGCGUUCGCCCAUCGGCAAAGCGCGACGAUUCUCUCGAGGACCCAGACGCUGGAUCAGGGUCAAGUAGAUAAAAUACGUCAACGACUGGCUCAAUACGGUGUCGAUCCAUUCGAUCUGAGCAUUAUCUCGCAGUCCGGCUGCCCGCAUGGCAACAACAGCCUGGACAUCAACAUCGAUCCUAACACCUUUACCGCCGAAAACUUUGGUAAUGCGGUGCGCAAAGCGGGAGAGAAGAUCGGUGACGGAGUUCAGUGGGUCGCUGAAACCGGAAGUCAGGUCUAUCACAAAAUAGCCGGAAAGGACGAUCAAACAUCGACGGAACAAAACAGCCGCGUCACGUCGAAUGUUAGGAGUGGCGGUGGAAGAUUAGAGACCAACGACGUGGAAUGGAUUCCCUAAAUCCUAACGAAUUCGUUACCACAUAUUCUAAUAUUCUAAUUCUAUUUUAUUCAUAAUUUCAAGACGAUUAGACUAUUAUAUACGAAUGUAUACUGUUAAUAACGUAUGUAUAUUUUUAAAAAUAUUGACAUUUAAUAAAACUUUAAAAUAAAAGCACAACAUA